AUGGCUCUCCACUCCACAAAAUCGGGCAUUGAUCUGAUAUGUAAACGUCGGUCUUCCUAUUUUGUUGUCGCCGCUAACAGACGAAGUGCUGUUGAACGCCUUGAAGAAACAAAAGCUAAUUAUGUUAAAACGGAAAGAGUUUUGGACUGUAAGCAAAAUUUUGAACAUAGUUCAAAUCUGCAUGUUAGUACUGGACCUCAGAUCGAUACACUGUUUAAAGGAAACUUGAAAGGUAUAUACAAUUGCCAAAACAUUAUGAAAUAUGUUCAUGGUAUUAAUCUUACUGAUAACAAAAAUAGCGUACAACCAAUCGUAAGUGAAUUCGAACCGAUUUCAUGCAGCACUGCGAUUACCAAAUGCUCAGAACAGGAAAAUUGUUUUAUGCAAAAAAAGCAGUUAUUUCAACGAGAUUCUUAUGAUGAAUCAGAGCGGCCACAAACAAAUCCACAAAAGGCUCAAAUGCAUGUAAAAUCAAACGGUGGAAGACAUGUUCUGUCCCAUGUCAUGAAAUUUGAAUCUCCAGGCAUUAAUGAAAAUGUUCAAGCAGCACGAAUGUCGUUUUCAACAAUCAAUCCAGUUGAUCGUUUUCCACAAUCAAGCCAAAUGGUCCCAGAAACUGAUAAAAACUUUCCACAUUUUGAUUCAGCUGAAGACAAAACUGAGCAUUCAGAUUACGAGCAAAUUUCAAUUGGCGCUUCUGAUGAUUCAUCAUCUGUGGAUGAAGGUCUAAUAGAAUUUGAAGAUAAAAAACAAAGUUCUAAAACUUCCGACUAUGUCAGUAGAAGUUCAUCUUUCAAAUGUUCUUUGUCAUCAGAUCGAGUCAAAAAUCUAGUGAGAAGCUUUGAAUCUCGUAUAAACAAAAGCAGUCCAUCGCCAACUGCAAAUUUAACUGUAGCUGAAUGUAAAAAGAAAUCAACCAGUCGUUCAAAGUCUGACUGUACAUCGCGUUUUGCAAAGCAUUUGUCUUCAGCUCCUGAGCCAACAGUCUCAACUGAUGCUGAGUUAGAAAGGUUCUUCAACAGUAUGGGACUCGAAAAUUACACGUCUCAAAAUGCAACAGGGCUAACUGAAAGCCCUGUUCAUUUCUUUGAAAGUAUCAGCUCCCAGAACAGUGAAGAUCAUCUAUCUAGUGCAGCUAGUGAAGAAUCGGCUUUUGAAGCGCCAAAGGAAGGCUUGACGAAUAGUGAUCUAAAGAAACAUGCUCCAACAGAGACUUCCAUAGUAGAGAAGAAUGCAAGAAUUGUAAAAUGGUUGUAUAACUGUCGCAAUGCAGUGAAAAAGAAUCCGCCUUAA